AUGUCUGUUUCCACCUCAUCAGCGACUAUACCUAAAACAAUAACUGAUAGCCCCAGUGUAAACGGAAAUGAUGCAACUGUAAAACCUCUCGCUACUACUCUAGAUUCGAGUGAUAAUCCGACAAACAAUGCUAAGGCUUCUGAUGCUACCAGCAAUGACUCGACAGUAAUGAGUGGAGAUGUAGCUGAUAAUCACAAUGAAGCUACAACAGGAGUACCAGCGGACACAAAUCCCACUACCGCAGGAGUACCAGCGGACACAGAUCCUACUACACCUGAACCAAAAGAUACAACACAAGCACCCCCCACGGCAACAAAAGAUCAACAGCCUCAAACUACAUCACAUCCUCCUCCAAAGACGACAGUGACUCAUGAACCGGUCGUGAAACCUCCUCCUACCAUAGCUACACCUUCUGUUCCUGGUUUAACGACUCCAGCUGCUGCUGCGGUGACGACUAUAUCGACCGCUGCUGCAGGGGCAACGACAUCGAUCGCUGCGACAGUGACAACAUCACCGGCCGUUACUGCUAACACAGCACAGAGCGUAACUACUGUUUCUGAAUCCACCAUUGCAUCCAUGACUGAUUCCUUACUCAGCGUCAGCAGUAGUACGAGCACGUUAUCAUCAACCACCAGUAGCAGAAUUUUACCAACUCCAACAUCCAUCAAAAAAGAUAACAACAGUAACAGUAAUAUUGGUUUAAUUGCCGGUAUCGUUGGAGGCGUGGCUGGUCUUGUUAUUGUAGGAGCUAUUGCAUUCAUAAUCAUCCGUCGAAGCCAACGUAGAAGAGCAAGAAGAGAUUCAACCCGCGCUAGUCGUACGAUGGAAGAUUUAUUUUCUCCUACUGGAGGAGCAUCAGUCGAAGGUGGAAACAGAGGAGUACUAGCAGCUGACAGCACAGCAGUAAUGACAGAAAACCAUGAUACGUAUAGAAAUGAUACGUUAGUGUCAAGUGGAGGUGUUAUGGCUACUGGAGAACAAUCCUACUUUCAGCAGCACCAACAAUACAGUGGUAUGACAAGUCCUUCUGUGGCUUAUGUGCAAUCACCAGCAUUACCACAACAGCAUCAAGAUCCUCUAACUGCUGCUGGUCAGUAUUAUGAAGAUCAUCAGAUGUUAUCUCCUCAAACACAGCAUCAAGAAGCAGCCUACUAUAAUCAUCAAAUGGUAUCUCCUCAAAUACAGCAUCAAGAAGCAGCAUACUAUGAUCAGCAGCAGCUUUCCCAUCAACAGCAACUGGUGCAAGAUGUGUAUUAUGAUCCCUAUCAGCAACAAACACAAGGGCACGAAGUGUAUUACGAUCAACAUGGCCAGCCUUAUUAUCCAGACUAUCAUAAUAAUGGCUAUUUUAAUGAAAAUGGCACAGCAGAAUACUAUCAUCAACAAGAACAACACCACCACCGCGCAAAUGAAUAUAAUCAUUCACCAGAACCAGGCAACAAUACACAAGUACAUCAGCAGCAAGUGCCUCAUCAAUAA